AUGCGGUCCUUCUUUUCCAAAAAGCCUGAGUUCGACACCGUGAAGGUGAAGGCCACCAUUCGAAUGGCUGUGUCGCGGGUGCGCAUGCAGCAGAACAAACUUGUCAAUAGCGUAAAGAUCCAGCGGCGCCAAAUUGCGGAGCUCCUCGCGUUGCAGAAGUACGACUCGGCCCUCAUCAAGGUGGAGCAGGCUAUACGCGACGAUGUGGGCAUUGAGGGGCUUGAGGCGCUCUCGCUUUUUCUCGAACUUCUCGCGAACCGUGUUCAGAUGAUUGCGGAGAUCAAGGGAGGCAGAGGAGACGCCGCCGAGGCGCGUUGUCCGCCGGAGCUUAAGGAAAGCAUCACUUCGGUCCUCUGGGCCUCUGCCCGGCUGGGGGAUGUUGCGCCGGAGCUGCAGAGUAUCAGGAAGUUCUUUGAGAUAAAGUUCGGGAAGGCAUUUGUGGCGAUGGGCGUAGACAACACCGAGUUUUCUGUGAACCAGACAAUUAUUGAUCGUCUUGGCAUAUUCACACCGUCAAACGAUCGUUGCCUGCAGUACCUCACCAUGAUUGCGUCCGAGUACAGCAUUGAGGGCUACGACGAGGAGAAGUUGCGUGACCCGAACACUUUAGUUGCCUCUGCUGCCGCCGCGAGCGGCGCCGCAAUAAUGAAUGCCGUCGAUGAGAAUAGCAAAGCCGGCGGUGCCGCCACAGGCGGAGCUGUUGCUAGCAGCACCAUCAAAACACCCUCGGGGCUGCGCAUUCCAACGCUGACGACCCCGCGUGAUGAAUUGGAAUGGCGCCUACUCCAACUCAAGCGAGCGUGA